UCGAUACAGGAUGCUGAAGGGGCGUUGCAUGUGUUGCUAGGAUACUAGACUGGGAGAGGGAUGAUUUAAGGUCAAAGUUAAGGUUGAAUUAAUCCUUAGGGUUAAUAACUUCAAUAUGAUAUCUGUCUUUUGCAUGCUAUGUCAAUAGAAACGAGAGAGGGAGCAGAGGAGGAAGCUGCAGCACUUUCUGAAUGACCUGGCUUUACUCGGGUCUUUACAGGGAUUUAAAUACUUCCAGCCUUGGCUCAGAGGGAAAGAGGAGCUGCUGCUGACCGUCGUUAACCAGGAUCUGGGUUUUCGCUCCCCAGGUUUCGUGGUCUCCAGAGCCUCCUCCUUCUCCUCCAUCAGCUGUAACAGCAGCGAUGUCUCCCCCAGCAGCAGCUCCCCCAGCCUGGGCAGCCGAGGCAGCUCUCCCCUGCCUGGGGAGCCUCAGGGCCCCCGAGAGCCUCCACCACACACACACACCAAGACGCAGCCGCAGACUGUCAGGGAGCCUUGCAGCGAGGAGCAUCUCCUCCCAGCCUCCCCCCAGUGAGAGAGAGAUAGCGGUGCCUGAGGUGAACUGCACUCUGUUCUUACUGGCCGGCUAUGUGAAGUACGGCCGCCCCUACGCCUGGAUACGCUCCAAUCACGAGCGCCUGGUCAACAUCGGAGGCACCGACUCCAUGGUCAAAGACACGCCCAUGAAACUCAAAUCCAUCGCAGACUGGCAGACGCGAGGUAUUCGCGUGUGGGACGUCAUCAGUGAGCUUGUGUGUCUGUGCACCGUCCCCUCUCCCACCAACCCUUUCGCCUUGGACAUGCGCUACAUCAAAAACCUUCCCCUCACCGACCGCUUCCUGGUCACAGGUGCUCUCCUCAACUUCCUGGAUACCUAUGUGGUUUACGGAAACAGGGAUGAGUUGCACUAUGACAAAGUGGUGGAAGAUGUGAAGCCUUUGAGGCGCCUUCACGUCCAGUCUCUCCUGGAGUUACAGCGACAGAGGGAGGGCUCAUCUGGAGAGCAGUGACCUACUUUAUCAUACAUUUGAUAUUAUUGGUGCACUUUAACAGACUUAUUGUAAAGAAUAAGACGUCAAAUGUGGGAAAUCUCAUCAAAAAAGGUCUGUUUAUAGAUCAUUUUGUGUGUGUUUUGUCUAAUUUCUUUCAAGGCAACACACUCCAGUUGUAUCUGUCCUACAGUUGGAAGGUAGUCACAUGUGAAAUAGCCCUGGGAACUGUGUCACAUGACAGAUUUAACAUCCCAGGACCUCUCUGGAUGUCUUGCCCUGCCACCCCUAAACCCUUCAAUCCUGCUGUCCCUCAUCCAGGCCAAACAUAAUUCUAAAAGUGGAGCAAAACAGACAUAUUUACCAGGGUCAAAGUUGCAGAAGCUAAAACUGGUUAGACAUGUGUCACAGCUGUAUGAACACAAACAUGUCGAGACAAAUGAGUGUUGUAUAAAAAGUUUUAAUAUUACAUAAAAUACACAUUUAAUUAAAUAUGUACAAUGACAGAAAAACAGCACACUGAUAAAAAUACGCCUUGUAGCAGGCACAUGACCCCUUUUCUGAGAUGGGGAUGUUGCGGCUUUUGUAAAUAAAAAGAUACAUCACAAGUACAACAUGAUAAAAUAACCCGGUUAAAACUUUGUGGCACAGAAACACCUAGCUUAGUUUUGGUCAGAAAACACUAAAUGGUCGCCUCACGGUGCACCACUAACCCUUACAUCUCUCAUUUGUAAACUUAUCGCCAUCAUGAGGGCACGUUAUGCAAUCCUGCACACAUCAAUGUCUAUAACCGUCACUUUCACUUAAGUAGUCAGGGGCCCCUUCUUAUGGCUUCGGUAAAUGAGAGCGACUCGGCGUAAAAACAGCACAUUGUGACAAGGCUGCUCAAUAUGCAAAGUCAUGGUUAGACGCUUCUCCGAUUUCCCUCCACGUUUGGAAUGCAGGUGCACGGCCGAGCAUUCCGCACUGAGGCUCCAGAUGGGAACACAGCGUUCCCAGUGUCCGGACACAAACAAACCCGCAAGUCAUGGCUGCGUGUGUGUUUUCCCACAUAAAUGCAAAUACGUCAGCGCAGGCGGACAGUUAGGAUCUGUAUUUUUGGUUUUUUUGGAAGGAUUCUGCUGUAAGGGAGGAUUUGUUGACCCUGGGGUGUAUGUUUUCCAAGUAACUGAGAAAAAAGCAGUUUGGAUGUCUGAUUCUAAUGAAAGUGCUAGGGAACAACAUCGCAGACUAUAGUUUAUCUUCACUUGUACGCCUGUGUUUUCCCUCUGACAUCUAUCUCAUAAUGUAAAAUAAAAAGGGUCUUUUGUUCAUCCGAAUGAAAAACAAAGACCUGCGAGUGCCACAUGGCUAAAACAAUAAUAAUAAAUUGAAAUUAUGACCCGUCACAAAUUUCAUAAAUAAAAAUCUGCCUUCAACGAAA